AUGAAAGAACAACCACAGAGCAGGAGAGGAAUGUUGUCUGUAAUAAGCUCGGUUUAUGAUCCUCUGGGCUUUCUCGCCCCAGUAACCCUCCCAGCCAAAGUCAUGUUGCAGGAGCUCUGUCGGAGACAUUGUGGAUGGGAUGAUGACAUACCUGUGGAAAUUGGCCGGCAGUGGAAAAGGUGGCUGGAAGAUUUAAAAGGGUUAACAGCAUUCCAAGUUGAGCGAUGCAUUAAGCCCAAAGACUUUGGACAGCCCAUAAAGGCACAGCUGCACAAUUUCUCUGAUGCCAGUCAAGAUGGGUUUGGUACGGUUACUUACCUCAGGAUUGAAAACAGCGAGGGGGUCCAUGUUUCUUUCCUGCUGGGUAAGGCAAGAGUUACCCCUUUAAAACCUGUAACCAUUCCUCGUUUGGAGCUUGCGGCUGCAGUUCUCGCUGUGCGGGUAGAUCGGAUGUUGAGAGCUGAAUUGGAGCUGCCACUGGAUCAAUCAACCUUUUGGACAGACAGCACUGCAGUGCUCAAAUACAUCAAGAAUGAGGACAAGCGUUUCCACAUAUUUGUGGCAAAUAGAGUAAUCACCAUUAGAGAUGCAACUCAAGUCUCUCAGUGGAGGUAUGUUAAUACCAACGACAACCCUGCUGACUUUGCCUCCAGAGGUAUGAAGGUUGGAGAUCUGUUGAAUGGAGGUGGCUGGAUUGGGCCCGAAGUUUCUCCUUGGCCCAGAAAAGGAUUGGCCUGUAGACAUCACAGAGGUCGCAAUUGCAGAUGA